CUAGGAUUGUUACCUAUAUAUAGCUGAGUUUGAUUAUCUGCUCACAGUGUGCAUAAACCUAGCUUCUCAUACCACUUUACUUCUUUAUCAACUUGGCUUCUUGCAAGAGGGAAAAACUAGGUAACAAAUUCAGUCAUGUCUGGAGAAUUAGGAGUGCUUAAUGCACUCGAUGUCGCAAAGACGCAAUUGUACCAUUUCACUACAAUUGUGAUAGCUGGAAUGGGAUUCUUCACUGAUGCAUAUGAUCUUUUCUGCAUUUCCCUUGUCACAAAGUUGUUAGGGAGAAUAUAUUACACUGAACCAAAUCCAACAAGACCAGGAACACUUCCACCAAGUGCUCAAUCAGCUGUAACUGGUGUUGCACUUGUUGGAACACUAGCAGGCCAAUUAUUCUUUGGUUGGCUUGGCGACAAACUUGGUAGGAAAAAAGUCUAUGGUUUAACACUUAUUCUCAUGGUGGUUUGUUCAGUUGCUUCAGGACUCUCUUUUGGAUCAAGUCCAAAGAGUGUUAUGGCAACACUUUGUUUCUUUAGGUUUUGGCUUGGUUUUGGUAUUGGUGGUGAUUACCCUCUUUCAGCUACAAUCAUGUCUGAAUAUGCUAACAAAAAAACUAGAGGUGCAUUUAUUGCUGCUGUUUUUGCCAUGCAAGGUUUUGGUAUCUUAGGUGGUGGAAUUGUUGCUUUGAUUGUGGCUUCUAUAUUUGAUCACAAAUAUAAGGUUCCUACCUUUGAAGAAAAUCCAGCUGCAUCACUGUUAGUGCCUCAAUUUGAUUAUGUUUGGAGACUUAUUCUUAUGUUCGGCGCUCUUCCUGCUGCAUUGACGUACUACUGGCGAAUGAAAAUGCCAGAAACAGCCCGUUACACCGCUCUUGUUGCUAAGAACGCGAAACAAGCUGCCGCGGAUAUGUCUAAGGUAUUGCAAGUUGAACUUGAAGUUGAAGAGGAGAAGGUACAAAAAAUGACUAGUGAUAAAAGGAAUAGUUAUGGCUUGUUCAGCAAGCAAUUCGCAGCACGACACGGUUUGGCUUUGUUUGGAACAUGUAGUACAUGGUUUUUGUUGGAUAUUGCUUUCUAUAGUCAGAAUCUUUUCCAAAAGGACAUUUUUAGCGCAAUUGGAUGGAUACCUCCGGCAAAAGAAAUGAAUGCAAUUCAUGAGGUUUACAAGAUUGCAAGAGCACAAACACUUAUUGCGUUGUGCAGUACUGUUCCGGGUUACUGGUUCACGGUAGCAUUUAUCGAUCACAUGGGUCGUUUCGCUAUUCAAAUGAUGGGAUUCUUCUUCAUGACUGUUUUCAUGUUUGCACUUGCCAUACCAUAUGAUCAUUGGAGCAAGGAAGAGAAUAGAAUUGGGUUUGUUGUAAUGUACUCACUCACAUUCUUCUUUGCUAAUUUUGGUCCAAAUGCUACGACAUUUGUUGUACCGGCAGAGAUUUUUCCGGCUAGGCUAAGGUCUACCUGUCAUGGAAUCUCAGCUGCUGCAGGAAAGGCAGGAGCAAUUGUUGGUGCAUUUGGAUUCUUGUAUGCUGCACAAAGUAAAGAUCCUACCAAGACCGAUAAAGGGUAUCCAACCGGUAUUGGGAUUAAGAACUCUCUUAUCAUGCUUGGUGUGAUCAACUUUGUUGGGAUGUUAUGCACAUUACUUGUUCCGGAAUCAAAGGGAAAAUCGUUGGAAGAGUUGAGUGGAGAGAACGAGGGAGAAGGUGCCGAGGCCACUGAACAAGAAGGACCGCGGUUUGAAAAUGUAGCUUGAGCAAGAAGGAUCAUGAACAUCACAAAGUGAAUUUAUUUUAUGUUUGCACCAUAUAUUAUUAUUUGUGACACAUUUUAGAACUCUUAAACCAUUUUUCUGUUUGCAUUUUAGCUACUGGUUGUUGUAUUCACAAUAAUGAUGCAGUCCUAUGCUUCUUGGUGUAAGAUUCAAUACUAUGUAAAGUGUAUGUCUUUGGUUGUAUACUAUUUAAAAUCUAUUCUUGUAUUGUAUAAUUUAUUUUAGCCUUUGUUUGAGAUUGA